AUGGGCCAGUGUUAUGGUGGGUCAGUGUUGUGUCGGGCCAGUGUUAUGGUGGGCCAGUAUUAUGGUGGGUCAGUGUUUUGGUGGGUCAUUGUUGUGUUGGGCCAGUGUUAUGGUGGGCCAGUGUUUUGGUGGGUCAUUGUUGUGUUGGGCCAGUGUUAUGGUGGGUCAGUGUUGUGGUGGGUCAUUGUUGUGUUGGGCCAGUGUUAUGGUGGGCCAGUGUUGUGGUGGGCCAGUGUUGUGGUGGGUCUUUGUUGUGUUGGGUCAGUCUUGUGGUGGGUCAGUGUUAUGGUUGGCCAGUGUUGUGUUGGGCCAGUGUUGUGUUGGGCUAGUGUUGUGUUGGGUCAUUGUUGUGGUGGGUCAGUUAUGGUGGGCCAGUGUUGUGGUGGGCCAGUGUUGUGGUGGGCCAGUGUUGUGGUGGGUCAGUUAUGGUGGGCCAGUGUUGUGGUGGGCCAGUGUUGUGGUGGGCCAGUGUUGUGGUGGGCCAGUGUUGUGGUGGGCCAGUGUUGUGGUGGGCCAGUGUUGUGGUGGGUCAGUUAUGGUGGGCCAGUGUUGUGGUGGGCCAGUGUUGUGGUGGGCCAGUGUUGUGGUGGGCCAGUGUUGUGGUGGGCCAGUGUUGUGGUGGGUCAGUUAUGGUGGGUCAUUGUUGUGGUGGGCCAGUGUUGUGGUGGGCCAGUGUUGUGGUGGGCCAGUGUUGUGGUGGGUCAGUUAUGGUGGGCCAGUGUUGUGGUGGGCCAGUGUUGUGGUGGGCCAGUGUUGUGGUGGGCCAGUGUUGUGGUGGGUCAUUGA